CAACAACUGUUACAAAGGCGGCUUUGUUUGUGCCGGAUACCCCCCGCAACGGGGAGCCUGGCCGAAUAAGCCCGAGAGCAAGCCAGCACAGGUCAACAUCGAGUCGAAGGAUCCGAACUAUGUCCCCCUCGGCGCAUACGGAAUGCCCCAGCAACCGGCCCCGUACGGCAGCAACCAGCAGCCGCUGCUCGGUCAGCAACCAAAGCGUGACUCGUUGCCAUAUAACCGUGGCCAGCCCACGCUCAGAAUCACGCCGCCCCAGGGCCGCCCGCUGCAGUCAGACGACGAUAGGUUGACAGCAUCGACAAUGCCGAGCUCCAUCAUCAGUCCCGACAACAAACUCUCGGCGCUGUCAGGGUACACGACGUCGGCAUCUGCCAUGUCAGCCAUGUCGGCAUCUGCCAAUAUGUUCCCGACUCCGGUCAGCGCCGCCGCAACAUCUGCGUUCUCUGAUCGGGCGCCCAAGGAAUACCAGCGGGUGCCGCCGCUUCACGAUAUUACUCGGACCGACCCAGAGCAGCAAGCACCACCUCCGCCUCCUCCACAGAGCACCAUCUCUACCCAUCCGCCCUUCAGCAGUGUCUUGCACAGCGGCCGGACAUCCACCCCACCAGCGCCGCCAUCUACCAUGUCGUCGCAAACCCCUUCGGGCGGUGUUCAAGCGACAGCACAGCUUGCCCUGUCACACACCCAGUUUCCCUCGGAUAGGCCACGCCGUCAAAAGGAGGAGAUGCUGAACGGAAGGCAGUACUAUCCGUUCGACAAGGAACUCGUGCUUGAGCGGGAGCGGUGCAAUGCGGCUUGCUGGCGGUUCAACAACUCGACCAACCCCAACCUGGGCGUCUCCCCCGCCGAGCGCGCGCGUCUCUUCCGCGACAUACUGCAGCCACGCGAGGGUGUCCAGCUGUCGCCCACCAUGGUGUCGCCCGUGACGCACGCGGGCCGAGUAGGCGAAAACGCCACGGUCGAAGCGCCCUUCAACUGCGACUAUGGCUACAACAUCCACAUUGGCAACAACGUCGCCAUUGGCCGAAAUUGUUUGAUUAAUGACGUCUGCGAGGUCAGGAUUGGGAAUAAUGUCAUCAUCAGCCCCAACGUGUGCAUCUACACAGGCACGUGCAGCACCAACCCUCUGAUGCGCAGAGGGAACCAGGGCACUCAAUACGGCAAGCCUGUCAUCAUUGAGGACGACGUUUGGAUCGCGGCCAAUGUGGUCAUCCUCCCUGGCGUCAGGAUCGGGAAGGGUUCCACCGUGGGGGCUGGGUCGGUAGUUACUCGGGUGAGUUUCCUGCUCCUUCUCAAAGGGGGGGGAACCCUUGGUUUGGAGGAUUCAAGCCUCUGCUUGCAGUUCACUGACAGGUUUUAUGCAGGACGUCGCCACCUGGAGUGUCUACAUGGGCCUUAAAGCCGGCCACCGCAGGGGUAUUGCCCCGGUUUGAGGCUCGCUG